UAUAUGUGGGAAUGGAGGUAUAUCUCCACCGUUCUGGAAAUCGGCAUUAAAGGAGACGAGUGAUCAGCUCCAAGACCUGGACUAUUUACCCCGGGGAAAUAUUCUCCUCCACCAAGUAAACUAGAGUCUGGGUGGGACUCAGGCCCGGUCUGGACGCUGUGGAAUAGAGAAAAGUGCCAUGCUCUUGUCGGGGAUAGAUGCCCGGGUGUCCAGCUUCCAGCUUGCAGACAGAGCUAUUCCGGAUCAACUUAAAUUAAGAACAACAGAAGCAGAAGAAUAACAAGAGAAGAAUGGCAAGUGAAGAAGAACGCCUUGAGAGAUUGCGAAGGACGUUGCAUUCCUUAGCAACUCGAGUCCCAAAAGUAAUUCUGACACGAGUUGACUGGACAUUUCCUGCUUUGAAGAAUCAGGCUAGUAUUAAAUUAAAUGGAGCAAAUAUUGAAGCAACACACGUCAAUAUGGAUUUUAAUGUUAAGGAAUUUCGUCGUGAACAUGGAGAAGAAUUGUUAAACAGAGAAGGAAUCUUCGAUUCUUGCGAGAUAUGUAAGAAGUCAUUCUCUCGUUGGAAUAAUUUGUUGGGACAUGCAAGUGGAAGUAGUAGAGAAACAACGUCUCUUUGUGAAUUGUGUGUCACAUUGUUAAAUCCUGAGCAGAGUGCAGUACCAGGAUCAAGUAUUCUCAGAGAGUCUUUCUCUUGCAAAGACUGCAACAACUUAACAAGUCACUCUAAUUUGUACAACCAUACCAGAGUGCAUGCUGCAGAUCGGGAAUUUUCUUGCGAAGUGUGUAAGAAAUCGUUCGUCCAGCGAUCUAACCUAAUCAAACAUUUCAGAGUUCACAAUGGAGAACGCCCUUUUUCGUGCAAAAUUUGUAAGAAAUCGUUCGCACAGCGCUCUAACCUAAACAAACAUUUAAGAAUUCACAAUGGAGAACGGCCUUUUUCGUGCAAAGUGUGUAUGAAAUCGUUCGCACAGAGAAAUAACCUAAACAGGCAUCUCGGGACACACAGAGGGGAGCGACCGUUCUCGUGCGAUGUAUGUAAGAAACGGUUCAUUCAGGUUUAUCAACUAAAUACACAUCUCAGAAUACACAAUGUAGAAAGACCCUUUUAUUGCGAGGUGUGUGAGAAAACAUUCGCUAAUGGCUCUAUCCUGAAGAAUCAUCUGAGGGUGCACAAUGGAGAACGGCCUUUUUCGUGCAAAUUGUGUAAGAAAACUUUCACACAGAGUUCUACCUUAUACAGGCAUCUCAGGGCACACACUGGAGAGAGACCGUUCUCGUGCGAUGUGUGCAUGAAACGGUUCACUCAGCUGCAUAACCUAAACAUACAUCUCAGAAUACACAGUGGAGAAAGACCCUUUUCUUGCGAAGUGUGUAAGAAAACUUUCGCUAAUAGAGAUAUCCUGAAGAAACAUCUGAGAGUGCACAGUUGAGAACGGCAUUUCUCGUGAAAAUUGUGCAAGAAAACGUUCACUCGCCGCUUCGUUCUGAAUAUGCAUCUCAAAUCACACAUUGCAUAACAAGCAUGAUCGUGAGAUAUGGAAGGGAAUGUUCAUUCGUGGCAGAAAACUAACAAGCAUCGCAUGGAAUAACAUUAGGGAUAACCUUUACGUUUAAUGUGUGCAAGAAAACAUCCAUUCAUCGCAACAGUGCGAGACUAUAGAGACAUUAUUUAUUUUGCAUUUCUAUGAAAUUAUUUAAUGCAUCAACGGAAUUAUUGUGUUUAAAAUAACAUAUUUUGCUUCAAUAAUUUACCUGGUUACAGACACUGAACGUUUUACCGUGUGAUAUAUUUAGGGGCCAGAUUUUCACCAUUGUACCUUCAUAAUUUCCUUGAUUAA